UUUUAGAGUGCCAUCUAUCUAAUAUUGUUACACUAUAUAUGAAUUAAGGUUAUAUGUGAAUAAGGUUAUUCAAGCAAUUUUUAUAUAUCUUGUUGCUAGCUUAUUAUAUUAAAGCGGUGCGAUCGAUCUAAUUGUAACAUUAGAUUAUAUAAGAUUUAGUUCAUUGAACGUUUAUAAAUCUACAAAUAUAUUUAAUUUUUUCGUAUGACGACAAAUGAUCCAUGUAAAAAGUUUGCAUGUAAAUUACAGCAGUGCUUAAAAGAUAACGUAUAUCAACCAUCACGUUGCGAAAAAGUAUUAGAGGAAAUAAGACAGUGUUGCAUCAUACAUUUUGCUUCUUCAAUAGUUUGUGAUGGUAUAGAUAUUUCUAAACCAUACGAGCAUAAUACUGUAGAUUAUAGAAAAGCCCAGAAAUAGGAUUCAUCAUGAUGAACGAAAAAUUAAAAACUAACAUAAUCAGAGGUGUUAAUGUUUUUGCAGUAGGUCUAGUUCUAUGGACCUUAUAUCAAACUUCACAAGUACCAAAACUUCCAAAAAAGAAAUCAAA